GUCAUUGGCCUGGCCGUCGCGAUUCCCGGAGCCUACAACCGCCGCUCCGGCGACGCGGAACCCUAAGCCCCGCCGGACCCACUCACCCUUCCUCGCCGACAUGGCCGACGCCACCGACCAGCCUCCCUACGGCGACGAGAACCGGUCCGAAGGCGGCUCCCGGCGCUUCUACACGCCGUACCCGGCGGAGGGCCUCAACCUCCCCUCGCUUCCCGAGCUCUACGACCUGCCGACCUCGCCGGAGCUCCUCUUCCCCAAGGAGCGCCGCGAGGGCCGCACCUGGGGCGAGAACCUCACCUUAUACGCGGGCUGCGGCUACCUCGCCGGCUGCGCGGCGGGCGCGGCCGUGGGGCUCCGCCGCGCCGCGGCGCAGUCCGAGCGCGGCGAGACCGCCAAGCUCCGCGCCAGCCGCGCUCUCACCCAGUGCGGUGCCGUCGGACGCGCGUACGGGAACCGUCUCGGCAUCAUCGGGCUGCUCUUCGCGGGGAUCGAGAGCGGAGUGACCGGGCUCCGCGAUGCCGACGACUGGAAGAACACCGUCGCCGCGGGGCUGGGGGCUGGCCUGCUCCACCGUGCGGGGGCCGGGCCGCGGUCCGCGGUCUUCGGUUGCGUCGUCGGGGGACUCAUGGCCGGCGCAGCCGUCGUGGGGAAUCAAGCACUCGAGAGAUACGUGCCUGAUCUCAAGUUAUAAACAGCAAUCCCUGACGUACUAGUCAGUUUCAACCUACCGGGUUAAGUGAAAACAACAUAUGCCUGAAUCUCAGAAAGAAUGUAUUUAACUGUUGAAUUGGAUGAUACAUGCUCUGUGAAGCUUUGAUUAUCCCUUGCUGCUUGCUGUCGUAGGGAACAUUUGAUAUUUCUAGAUGUAAAUGUAGUUGCUUGAUUUCAUUAUUCUUCAAGAAGAGGGGUAUAUUGCACCCUCUUCCACCUAUUAUGCAAAACCUGUUCCGUUGGAAGGUAUUUGUUUAAUUAUGUGAUUUGGCGUUCUGGUA